UGUUCGUUGGCAAUUGCAGACUGAUUUCAGGACCACCUUAUGUCUUGCGGUUCAAAUUUGUUUCUCUAUUUCACCUUUCAUGUCCAUUAAGAAUGGUGACUCAGUUAACUCAUGUAAAGACUUGCACACGGUAGUGUGGAGUAUUGAAGCUGACGUAGCAGAUGGCUAUGUUAUAUUUCUAACAGGGGAUCCAGUUAGCUUAGGUUGCUGGGAACCAGCCAUGGGUGUUCUCUUGUCUUCAUCUUCAGAAGGAGUUAAUGUAUGGAUGACUGAGAUAAAGGUACCCUGUGGAAUUCAGUUCAAGUACAAUUAUUUCCUGAAAGAGGAAAAGCAGCCUUUCAAAAAUAUUGUUUGGAGGCCAGGACCAGAGUUCUCCUUAUCAAUACCUUUUAGCAAAGAAAAUGAAGUACUUGUGGUUAGAGAUUCCUGGAUGAGAAACAGAAUGCAUAAGCUGCCAACUCCGUCAUGGGGAUCAUGGAUGAUGGAUGUUGACCCUUCUAUGUUUCAGCUGAAGGAAGAUAAUCAUCAAGCUUCAUCUCCAGGUGAGCACAAAAUGCUGAAUAGUGUCAAUGGUGCCACGAUAGGAGUGGAGAAGUUUUCAGUUGAUGAUACAACAAAGACUACAUCUAGCUCGAUAAAGGACCCUCCAAAAAAAUCAGAAGAGGAUUUGUCUGAAAGAGAUCAACCUGUUGAGGAACCCUGGCUUCUUCGAUCUACCCUUGUGCCCGUUGUAGAGAUUGAUGAACUUAGGGAACCAUCUGAUCAAGGUGAAGUGCACUUAGUACAAUUUCCUAUGAACUUACAUCGCGUAGAAGAAAACUUAGCAACUAAAGAUGAGCACGAGCCAAUCCAUGCUGAGGACCCUAUCUCCACAGUCAUUCUGAUCAAUUCUUCUGUGUGUACCAUGCAAAGAAUAGCCAUUUUGGAGGAUGGAAAGCUCGUAGAGUUGCUACUGGAACCAGUAAAAAAUAAUGUACAGUGUGAUAGCAUAUAUUUAGGUGUAGUUACGAAACUUGUUCCCCACAUGGGUGGUGCAUUUGUAGACAUUGGAAUUUCUCGACCUUCCCUUAUGGGUAUCAAACAGAAUAGAGAACCCUUUGUAUUUCCUCCUUUCAAUCAUGCAAGUAAGGAAAAGACUGCCCAUGGUUCCAUGACCACUAAAACUAAAGUGUUAUCUGAUGCUGAUGAGCAGUCUUCUUAUGAUGAUGAGGAUUCCAUUGAUGAUCUCUUGGAGGUCGAUCAUCAAGAUGACUCUCUACAACUCAUUCAGGAGGAUUAUGUGGAAAAGGACAUGGGAGAUGACAUGGAUGUCUCUAAUGCCCAUAAGAUGAGAGUGAACAAUGGUGCACUUGAUAAUGGGAGUUAUGAUGAUGAAGAGUAUUACGAAGAAAAUGGGGAUCAAGUGGAAGAUGAGUAUGGUGAAGAUUCCCUGUCACUGGAAGCAGAAAAUUCCAAUGGCCCUGAUCUGCCACAACCAAUACAGCAGGAUCUGAAAGAUUCCGAUGAUAUUCAUUCAACUGACAACAAAUGGUCUCAUGUUCGUAAAGGCACAAAAAUAAUUGUUCAGGUGGUCAAAGAGGGUUUAGGGACAAAAGGUCCAGCUUUGACUGCUUAUCCAAAUUUAAGAAGCAGAUUCUGGAUACUAAUAGCUCGUUGCAAUAGAAUCGGCGUGUCAAAGAAAAUCACCGGGGCUGAACGUACACGCUUAAGAGUGAUUGCAAAAACUCUACAACCCGCAGGUUUUGGUUUAACUCUACGAACAGUUGCUGCCGGUCAUUCUUUGGAGGAAUUGCAGAAGGACCUGGAUGGCUUGCUUUCUACCUGGAAGGGCAUAGUUGAACAUGCAAAAUCUUCUGCUCUUGCUGCAGAAGAGGGGGUCGAAGGUGCAGUUCCUAUAAUGUUACACAGGGCAAUGGGUCAAACCUUGUCUGUGGUGCAGGAUUACUUUAAUGAGAAGGUUGAUAGGAUGGUUGUAGAUUCUCCUCGAACCUAUCAUGAGGUUACCCGUUAUCUUGAAGAAAUUGCACCUGAUCUCUGUGAUCGUGUUGAGCUCUUUGAAAGAAGAUCUCCAAUUUUCGAUGAAUAUAACAUUGAAGAAGAGAUCAAUAACAUUCUUAGCAAAAGGGUUCCAAUCUUGAAUGGAGGUUCUCUAGUGAUUGAACAAACAGAAGCUUUAGUUUCCAUCGAUGUCAACGGGGGCCACGGCAUGCUAGGACAAGAGACUUCCCAAGAAGAAGCAAUUCUUGAAGUCAAUCUUGCAGCUGCAAAACAAAUAGCACGUGAAUUGCGCCUGAGGGAUAUUGGUGGCAUCAUUGUGGUGGAUUUCAUAGAUAUGGCUGAUGAAUCGAAUAAAAGGCUAGUCUAUGAAGAAAUUAAGAAGGCGGUUGAAAGAGAUCGUUCGACGGUGAAGGUUUCCGAGUUAUCUAAACACGGGCUUAUGGAAAUAACUAGAAAGAGGGUUCGACCAAGUGUUACGUUCAUGAUCAGUGAACCAUGCACGUGCUGUCAUGCUACAGGGCGCAUUGAAGCUUUAGAAACAUCAUUUUCAAAGAUAGAGCAUGAAAUUUGCCGCUUUCUUGCUGCGUUGGAUAAAAAACCUGAUCCUGAGAAUGCAAAAUCUUGGCCAAGGUUUGUGUUAAGAGUUGACCGACACAUGUGCAACUAUUUGACAUCAGGGAAGCGCACGAAACUGGCAGUCUUGAGUAGCUCUCUCAAAGUUUGGAUUCUGCUAAAGGUUGCUAGAGGGUUUUCAAGAGGAGCAUUUGAGGUGAAACCAUUUUCUGAAGGGAAUCGAGAUAAUGACCAAAAAGUAGCUAUUUCCAGAUUAAGACCUACAGGAGCUAGAUCUUACAUUCCAAAUACUAAAUUAACUCUCUUCCCCAUAAAAAAAUGGAAAAAUCGUGGAAAAUGAAAGAUCGAUCCUGGGUUACCUCUCAUGCUUGUGUUUUUUUCUCUGGUAAGAAACGCAGAAUAAGAAGAUCUGUAUGUUGGUCCCACGAUUCUGCUACCUCUCAUGCUUAAUGGAAUCUUGACUGUAUUUAUUUCAUUAUAAUUGAGCCUAACAUUGUUGUUGAAA